AUGAAUCUUUCAUUUAAUCAAGCCGAAGCAGGAACGCGUCCAAAAAAAUGGUCCCACAAUGAGUUUUUAUCUAAUAACGAAGCGUUAUUAAUCCCAGAGAGCUGCGACAAGUCGUGGAGUUAUCCUAUGAUCGGCGUACAGAAAAUGUUGAUAGAAGAAAAAAUAAUUGAAAAGUAUGGAUGCAGUGUCGUUCCUGGCCUUCAUAUUAGAUUUUAUGAUCAACACUCCAACACAGAAUCAAAAAAUGAAAAAACGGAUAAAUAUCUAUGGCGGUAUAUCGAAGAUGCCCAACAACUAGAAUUGAUCCGGGAAAGGAAGUUCAAGUUAAAACGAAAAGUUGAUAUGUGUUCUGUAGAAAUAUUAGAUAAAUCAACUUCUGAGCAGGAUUUACAUUUGAAUUCUCAAGAGGGUCGUUAUUAUGAUAACAAAAAAGUUAGAAUGGGUGCUCCUCUUCAAGGUACCGAGGAAUCAACACAAUUUAUAAAAAAUAUACGUGGAGAGAUCCGCAAAGAAACUCGUAAUAUCGGAAUAAUCUUGAAUUGGGACAUAUCUUUUUUUACUGCAUUUGCUUUUCAAAACAUUUUGCUUUCAUAA